AUGUACUCUUCGUUGGUGGCGCUCGUGUUCGCUGCCUUCCUGGCCUCGGCGGCCGCCGACCGGUGGCAACCCGUCACGGUGCUAGAAUACCUGAACGCCGAGAGAGGGGGGCACGUCGGUCGCAAAGAAACCCAAGAACAGCUGAGUAAGGUGGCUAAGUUGGAUUUGAACAGUCUCGCGCGUAUGUUCUACCUUUGGCGCACCCAGCAGCCGAAGGUAUGCCAGCGCCCAGUGCUCGUGGACGACUGGUUCAUAGAGAAAAAGUGGACGACGCUGCAGGAACGGUUCAACUUCUACGGGCUCGCGUACGCCAUAAAGGAGGUACCAGGGGACGGGUCAUGCCUGUUCCACACUAUAGCGACAGCGCUGCGGGAGAGCGGGGUGACCGCGAAGAUGCUCAUGGGCUUCCUGAAGCCUAGGCCCAGCAAGCACAUCAUCAAAAUGAUGGAGGCCGGAGAGGUUGAAGACGGGUUUUACACCAUGGAGGCGAUCAAAAAGAUCUCCCUGGCGGAGCUACUGGGCAUAUACGCAGACGAUCCGCUAUCAAUAAGGCACUUCAACGCGAAAGAUUUCGCGAGUAAAAUCGAGAGGUAUGCGUCCCUUCAGGUCGACUGCAAAGCGUUGAACGAGAAGGAAAUCAUGGCGCUGUUUGACAAUGUGGACUUAACCGUCGUAAGCGAACGGCUGGGAGACGGAGCGGACCCAUUGACAGUGGCAAAGGAGGUCUACAAAAAGGUUCGACCGCAGCAUGACAAUGUAGUGGGCAGCUGGAUAGACAUCCAGACUCUGGAAGAACUCUUUCAGUUCAGAUUGGUGAAAUUAGAGGAGCACGAAGCGCGUGUCUCGCUAUCCCGAGGGUUGGAUUAUCCGAUCAACUUCGUCAUGCUGACACAUUACACGGUAGGUAUUGGUGCUAAACGAAAUAUACAUUGCGCAGGAUGGAUGCCACUUCAAGCCGGCCGGAUUGGUCGAUGUGUGCGGCAGCUCAGACAAGAGCCCGCAGCGCCCGUGGUCGAUCAUUAUGUCAGGGGACGUGCCCCUGCCACUCGCGAUAAUGAUGAAAGACGGGUAGUGUGUGAGAAUUUGGGUUGCCGGUGCGAUGGCAACGCCCAGACAGGGAAGCACCGCCAAGCAGCAGUGCGCCGAACUAACAUUGUAUAUUCACUAGUAGCUAUGAUGCGUCUGGGUUUUGUGUUGCUGUGUGCUGUUGCGGCGCAGUUGCGCCUCGCCGCUGGCGAUCUGUCUCUUAGGGUGACUCAGCCGAGGCGCGUCGCGCAGAAUGUGUCUGGCUUCGGCCAACUUGUGCAGUUGCCGGAAAGAAGGGCUGCCGGCAAAAAGGCCACUGGUAGCCUCAGGUCUAACGCGCCAAUAAACGCGCAUGAGCGCGCAGGCAACUGGCCACAGUACGCUGUCCACCCAUGUGACCGGUACGCCUCGUGGAAUCGCACGACCUCGGUAUGGGACGAGUUCCUGCGCCACAACCGCAUGGCGCUCUGCAGAAAGAACUACGGAGCUGACGGAAACUGUCUUUACAACGCCAUUGCUGGCAUCCUCAGAGACCACGAACUCACCAUCCAGAGGGUAGGCAUCACUGUCAAGACCUUGCCGGCGGGCAUAUCCAUUUCGCUGGAGGACCUCGACUUCAGCGGCGAGUACUUCACUGUGGCCGACCUGCGCCGCAUUUGCGCGAUCAGCUUCAUCGGUGUCGACCCGAACAAUCCGAAUGCGCUGCCGUUCUGGGAAAGGGACGUCUUCAUCACCAAGCUGGAGAUCCUGUCGCAAGUGGAGGGUUCAGCCGACUACGGUGACAUGAGGUGGGGCCCAAGCAAGUUCUAUGCAGAGAUACUUGCUGGUGGCGACCGCGUUGACAUUGCCAGGCGGGUGUACAACAUGCUUUCGCAAGUGAGAAACCCGUACACCUGGGGAUCGUACGAGGACAUUGACGCACUCGCGCAUGUGCUCAAUCUUGACAUUAUGCUCUUCUGGAACACGGACACCAAGAUCCAACUCUUCAGGGGGCACCGCCAGCCCAAGGAGAAGCGCACCGCCCUGCUCCUGUACUACACCGAGAUGAUACACUUCGACGGUGCGGGACUCGUCAGCGACAUCGCUGUGAGCCCCCCUGUGCCAAUCAGGAGUAUGUACAGCGCAAGCGCAUUCCCAGACUUUUUGAGGGCAUUGGCGACAUGA